AUGGUGAAUGUUCCUAAGACCCGCCGGACAUUUUGCAAGAAAUGUGGCAAGCACCAGCCCCACAAAGUGACACAGUACAAGAAGGGCAAGGAUUCUUUAUAUGCUCAGGGAAAGCGUCGUUAUGACAGGAAACAGAGUGACUAUGGUGGGCAGACUAAGCCUAUUUUCCGCAAAAAGGCUAAAACUACAAAGAAGAUUAAAUGUGUCCAGCCUGACAAAUGCUUUAAAAAGAUUUUCUUCCUUUCACGGGAUAUUCACACUGUGAGUCUUUUUCAUGUAGAUGCUCACCCUUCUGGAGACUCUGUACGCUUUUCUGCUGCCGUGGGCUCUGAGACGUAA